AUGUCUACGAGACAUCAGUCCAUUAUCCAACCAAUUGCCAUUGUUGGUAUAAGUGCUGAGCUUCCAAGUGGAGUUUAUGCAGAGAAAAAUUUCGAUUACAAGGAAUUUUUCGAGUUUCUCUUGAACAAAGGCGAAGCGUACGAAGAAAUACCCACUGAUCGUUUCGACAUCCGUUCAUGGGGGGGUCAUGCCAUGGGUCAGGUUUCCACAUCGCAUGGUUCAUUCCUUAAAGAGGUUGAUUUCUUCGACCACACUGAAUUUGGUAUAUCAGCAAAAGAUGCCCGGGCAAUGGCUUUAAGCACCAGGAAACUCAUAGAGCUUUCGUUCCUAGCCCUCCUAGACUCUGGGAUUGACUACAGAGGCCAAAAUGUUGGGUGUUUUGCAUCAGGGACAGCAUUUGACAUACUCAGUAUUGCGGAUCCGGAUGAGUUCGAAGCAAAAGGAUCAUUUGCGGGUACGCCAUGUAUGAUAGCAAACAAAAUAUCCUAUCACCUCGACUUAAGAGGACCGUCAAUACCCGUUGAUACUGCUUGCAGUUCAAGUUUGACAGCCCUACACCUGGCUGUUCAAUCGCUAAGGACUGGUGAUUGCGAAGCCGCUAUUGUUGGCGGUUGUCAGUUGAAUCUGAGGUAUCAUAAUUUUAUCCUUAUGAUAAUGGCAAGACUAAUAUAUACCCUCAAAAGACUGGCAGAUUUCGUACAGUAUAGUCAAGGUUCACUUUUGGCGCCUGAUGGUAAAUGCAAACCCUUUGAUGCAGAUGCUGACGGGUUCUCAAGAGGAGAAGGCGCAGUUGUCAUAGUGUUGAAAGCAUAUGACGACGCCGUCCGUGACGCAGACCAUAUUUAUGGGGUAAUACUUGGGACUGGUAUCAAUGCAUCAGGGUCCGUUGCUCCAGCUUAUGCACCCGUAGCAAACGCUCAAAUGGAAGCCAUGCUUCGAGCUUAUCAAGGUACCGGAAAGGAUCCCCGAGACGUCGACUUUGUAGAACUGCAUGCCACUGGAACUGCCGCUGGUGACCCAACUGAAUGCAACUGGGUCGGUGAGAAUUUUGGCAGAGAUUCCGAGUUGCUGAUAGGGAGUGUGAAAGGAAAUAUUGGGCACCUGGAAAUUACUGCAUUCCUGGCAUCUUUAUGCAAAAUAUGUUCCGUUUUCGAGACUUGCAUAGUCCCUCCCAAUGUCAAUCUCAAACGUCACAAUCCGACCAUAAAAUGGGAGCAAUAUAAAUUGCACGUUCCUAUGGAACCAGUUAAAAUUGAAGCCCGUUCAUCUUCACGAAAACUACUAGUAUCUAUGUGCAGCUCUGGAAUUGGCGGUGCAAACGGACACGUCGUCCUGGAAAGUCCUUUGCCCAAGCUCUUGCCUACCGAGGAUUUUCUGGCUUCCACCACUCCAGUCCUGAUCGCAGCUGGUGGACUGUCGCCAAGGUCUACCAACGCUAUCACAGACGGCCUACAUGAUGUGAUCAAUACCAACUCACAUAAGUGGUCUCCUCUUUCUAUCAUCUUUGGUCGUCGUGUCCGGCAAAUGACAUGGCGAACAUUUGCAAUCGCUCAUCCUGAUAAAAUAUCAAUUCCUCUUCGCUUUCCGGCUCCGGUGUUAUCUCCUCGAGUAAAACCACCUGUUGUCUUCUUGUUCUCUGGGCAGGGUUCCCAGCACAUUGAUAUGGGCCGUCAGUUGUUCAAGAACUUCCCUAUAUUUCGUGACACUGUCGUGCAGUUGGACGAUUGUUACAAGAGAAAAACCGGAGUUUCUUUUAUUUCUCGAACAGGCCUGUUCGAUGACGUUACACUGCAAGGCAUGUUGCCAUCGACUUGGCCUAUCUCAGUGAUCCUCCCUUCAAUCGCUAUGGUACAGAUCGCCAUGUUUGAUCUCCUAUCCAGCUUUGGUCUCUGCCCUGAUAUCUUGAUAGGUCACUCAGCCGGAGAGACAUCACUUUUAUAUGCAUCGGGUGCUGGACCGAAGGAGAUGGCAAUGGAGAUUGCCAUUGCUCGUGGUCAAGCGAUGACACUACUCGAGGGGUCCAAUGGAACAAUGGCCGCCUUGGCAUGCAGUUCUAAAGAAGCUCAGUCCAUCAUUGAUUUGGUGACUACAGCAAGCGACCAGAAAGAAUGUACCUUGGAAAUUGCCUGUUUCAAUGCACCAGAAGCCGUUACCAUCUCAGGCCACACCAUCAUGAUAGACAGAGCUAUUGAUGUUGCAGUUAGCCGUGGAAUCCUUGCUCGGAAGAUCCGUACUCGGGUUGCAGUCCACUCGAGUAUGAUGGAAAUGUGUAAAGAGGAAUACCACACAUCCAUUUCCCAGGUGUUUGCUCGAUAUCCUGGCGCCCAUAGGCCUCAGAUCACUACGUAUUCCACAUGUAACGGCAGAAUCCUCGAUUCUUUCACCGAAGACUACUUUUGGGAAAAUACAAUAGGGCCUGUACUCUUCACCUCGGCAGCUGAAGCGAUUAUUCAUACACACCCCAAUGCUUUGUUCGUGGAAAUUAGUGCACAUCCCGCUUUAUCUUCGUAUCUGAUCCAGCUAGGCGCUUCUUCUGUUACCUGCCCUAUGCGCCGUACCAAAGUGCUUGUGGAUCAUCAUGACCACAUUACCUUGUUGAACACUAUCGGGCAUCUUAUUAUCUCCGGGAUCAACGACGUCAACUUCAGCACGUUAAACCGUGAACAAUCGUAUUGUCCUCGUAUUGAAGUACCACUAUAUCCAUUUUUGAAGAAGCCUGUUCCUUAUCUGCCGGACAAUUCACGUGUCCUGAAAAAGCAGAUGGGGCCACGAAAUGGGCCAUUGAACUACACAGACCUUCGAAUCAACGCUCGGACUCACCCCGAAAUCGCCCAGCAUAGCAUCAAUCAUGAACCUAUCAUGCCCGCUUCGGGAUUCUUAGAAAUGGUGUUGGAAUUUGGCGCAACGACACUAUGGAAUUGGACCUGCAUAAUGCGCGCUGGUCCGUCGAAUCUCAUAGGGACGUCCUUCUCCAGUCGUCUUCAUGCAGAAGGGUUCAUGUUGAAAGGACCACCUGAGAAGCACAGUCGCAUCGAUAUCAAGGCCAUUCAAAGCCGUUGUAAAGUGUUAUCCAUGGAAGGGUUCUAUGAUGGUUUCGAACACUUUGCCCAAUACGGUCCAGCCUUUCGUCGUAUUACAGAGGUUUAUCAAGGUUUAAACGAAACCCUAGUUAAAAUUAGAGGGGCCGACAGCGACUUACCGGGGCUGGAGAAAUAUAUCAUUCACCCAGCCAUUCUGGAUGCAUGCCUUCACGUGGUGGUCCAUCCUAGAUUCACCGCGGACCCAAAUCGCAAGAUUUAUUACCUUCCAUCACAACUAGAGGCAUUCGUAUUGUACGAUACUUUUUCACAUAUGGAUAGCUUCCCUUCCACCCUUUAUGCCCAUGCUAUCCUUCGAGAAUGGUUACCUGGCGAAUUUGUCACCGAUAUCGAAGUAGUUAACGAGGAGGGUAUCAGAAUGUGCACUCUCAGUGGAUUUACCGUAGCGCGCCACGAACUUGUUCCUUCGCGAAGCCUAAGCAAGCGUUUUGACAUGAUUUACCAAUCGUUUGGAGUUGACGAGCAAUUACCGGUUAUCACCGACGGCAGGAAACUUGACUCCAAUGCGGAAAAUAAAAUGGCGAGUUAUCACCGACAGAUGACUGAAAAUAACGAAACGAAUCAAAGCAUCGCAAGAGCCAUUUCUAUCGUCGACGAUACGGAGGUCGUCUACCGCUCUAUUCUAACUCAUAUAGACAAGGGAGGGAAGAAAGUUAUACGUAUCUUAGGAAUUGGCUUGGAUUUCGAAGAAUUGGGAAAACAGAUACACACGAUACUCAAGUCUUUGGGCAUCAUCCACUUCAAAAUUUUCAUUGCAGCUCGGGAUUCAUCGUCUUUAUCCCAGCGUUCUCUACCCCCAUUCUUCAUACCUCUUGAAUUUAAUGCAUCCGAGUCUCUCACUCCGCAGGAGCUUACGGAAGGAUCUUUCGACAUCAUCACUCUUCAAGUUGACAACAAACAACAUGUGCAAAAUCUGACUACGCUACUCCUGCCUGGCGGUUUUCUUGUCCUGUGGGGUGCGGUAGGGGAGGCACCACUCAUAUCCAGUGCUUCCGUUCCUAUGUCUUCUCAAUCCUGGUUGACCACGUGUUCUUCCUUAGGGCUGCGCCCUAUCUCGUUUCCAGGAAUAUCACAAUAUCAGGAUUUCCAUCUGUCUGUGGCGCAAAGCCCUUGUUUAGUGUUAGCGGGUACAUCCACGGCACGCAGAAAGCAGGAUCUCCUAAUGUUCCCUUAUGCCAUUGGCCAAGAGAUGGUAUUACAGCACAAACUACGAAUUCUCAAUAUCAAGGAAGCCUUCGACUUAUGGAUCAUUGCUAGCAACAAUUAUGAUGCUGAUGGAGCACGAGGCUUUACUCGUUCCCUUCGAUGUGAAUUCCCUCUCUGGAAUGUUCGCCUUGCUACUUUCGAAGGUACAAUCACACAUUCGGAACAAGAGGCUAUGAUUCAUCAGCUUGCAAGCAUUCCAGGUAUGGAAGUAGAGGUACAUGUCGACGGAAAGCACCGAAUACAAGUCCCGCGUUUUGUGGAAACCUCCUCUCCUUCCAAUUUGCAAAUACUGGAUCCACUCCCUCUUACUGAUGAUUGGCCCUCGUCACAUGUCCAAGUGCUAGUUUUAGCCACUUCGUCAUCCAGUAGUGACACAUUUGGAUUGGUCGGACGGGUUACCAAAGUUCAACAUAAUGCAGACCUCCCCUUAAUUGAUUGUACUGUCAUCACUGUGGUGAAGGGCGUACCAGGAAAGUAUACGUUGAUACACAGAGGCUCGUUCGCUUUGCUGGAUGGGGUUGCUGCCAGCCCCAAGGAUCUGGCAUCGGUUGUACCAGCUCUCCUGGUUGGUGGUAUGGCUAUUGGUAUUGGUUUUCUGAAUAAUCCAUCUCGGGUUCGUCCAGGACGAAUUAUCAUCACACAUAUCGAGUCCAUGAUGGGCCGGGCGCUGACAUGGUUUUUCACCGCCCUUAAUUAUCAUCCUAUCGGAUUGCACUCAACGGCUUCUCCCCUUGACUUCUUAACAUUGAAGUUACGUGCCGGCGAUACUAUCAUAUCUGGAUAUGGAAAGAGCGAUCACGUUUUCGCUAGCUUUCUACGAGGUGGGAUCAAGGCGAUAAGCUUGAGCUCUAGCCUUGAAGAAGCUUUCGCCAUCUCAGGUGACCCCUGGGCGAUUGGCGAUAUUCUUCGGGCUGUAAAAAGCACGCUCGUGUCAGUUCCGAUACCAGAUCUUUGUAUGCCCCUUAACAUUCCUGACUCAACCCUUCGGAUUGCAUCUGCGCUCUUCAAAUCUGAUAAAGUAUACCUCCUUAUAGGAGGUGUGGGGAGCAUAGGACUGCACAUAUCCUUAUGGAUGUAUCAGAAUGGCGCUCGACACAUCAUCUUAACAUCUCGAUCCGGCCGGGAAACCCUUGAACGUGCUAACGAUAUUCUUGCACUACGCAUGCUGCAAUUCUUGGAAGGUCAACCUGAUUUGUCAAUAAAACUGGAGGCAUCAGAUGCAGCCUCACCGGACGCCUUGAAGAGGAUCAUUGAAGGUAUCACACUCCCUAUAGCGGGGUGUAUGCUGCUCGCAAUGGUUUUGGAUGAUCGUGAUUUCUUCUCACACGAUGAAGAAAGUUUUGCCUCAUCCUUUGUGCCGAAACUGGGUGCUUUCAGGGCUAUCGAAGAGGUUUUGGACCUCAAGAGGAUUGAUUUCUUGAUUGUAUUUUCGUCUAUUUCGACUUUUGGGAACGCCGGACAAACAAAUUAUGCGAGCGCAAAUACAGCUAUAGAUGGACAGGUCAGGAAAUACAACAACGCGUUCUCUAUUGUCACACCAGUGAUCACCGACUCCUUCUCGGUGAUGGACGGCAAUAUCAAGGUCACGCACUUCGAACAUUUUAUCCCGUGGGGGUAUUCUGCUAGAGGUAAACCAAGCUCUUCGAGUAAACCGCGGAACAAUGUGCUAAUAUUUUGGUAUGUCGUAGAGUUGUGUGAUUGUAUUGAGGACGCUCUUCUGAAGAUGGCUGAUGGACCUGUGAAUUUAUAUAUCCCACAGUUUGAUUGGAAUCUUGUGAACCAGCAUCUGGGAUCCUUUCAAUUAUACAGCCACCUUGUCCAACCUUCGGUACCACCGCAGGCUAUACAGUCAACUGAACAUGUAGGGGACGUACUCCGCAGCAUUGUUCUACGUUUUCUGGAUGUUGAAUCAAACGAGUUCUCCGCGGACGUCCCCUUCACGUCAUAUGGUCUUGAUUCGUUAUCCGCCGGGCGCCUUGCGUUCGCUCUUCGCCCGUACCUGAUCAUAUCACAGAUGCAGCUACUCGCUGAUUAUAAUUUGGUUGAUGUUAUAGGCUGCGUCAAGAAAGGACAGUCGACAAAGAACGUCGCUGAGGAGCUAUCACCUGGUAGCUACUUCCCAUUGGACGCACUCAAUGCGGAAGGACAUGCACUUGUGAAGCUACUCGAUCUUGGAGGCGAGCCCUUGAUCGUCAUGCAUGGUGCCAGUGGCAACGUGUUGCCAUUCUUACCACUUCAACAAUUGCUCAAGAGUUCAUUGUGGGCUUUACAAAUAACUCCUGACACACCUACAGACUCGGUCAAAUCUAUGUCCAGGUAUUACUACGAGGAAAUUAAAGCCGCGCGGCCAAAGGGACCUUAUCGUCUCGGCGGGUUUUCUGCCACGAGUAUUGUCCUUUUCAGUCUUGCCAGGCUAUUCGAAGAAGGUCACGAUGUAGUAACACAGAUCAUUGUCUUCGACCACUUCCCACUUUUGUGGACAUCACCCAUGCUCGAACCAGAUGCAGAAACCGCCUCUCGAAAAACCCCUGGGCCUGAUAUGAUUCGUCAUGCCCUCUCCUCCGUCUCCGGCUUAUACAGAGCUGAUAACGCCCAACGCCAGAAGAUUGCAGUUGACUUUGAGGACGCUGUCAAUGGACACGAUGUUCCGGAAUAUAUGACAGCGUGGUAUAAUGCGUUCUUGCGGAUUGCUGUCACUGCAUAUGAAUUCAUGUUUGAGUUACUCCCUACCAAUGAACCUUAUUCCCUCACGAUGUUGCGAGAUGCAGUGGUGGAAUGGCUGAAGGAGGUGAAGGCGCCAGUGACAACGUGUCUCGCGACUCGAGGAAUUAUUUCAACUAUUCCAGAGGACGCUAAAGCAGGAUGGGAAGACUUGGGAACUCGGAAGGUGUUCCCUCAGGCAGAACUGAUCGAAAUCGAGGGCACGCACUUUAGUAUAUUCGAGUCGGAAGUAAUGGUGGAUCUGAUUGAGAGGCAUCACCGGCCGCAAGCGUGA